UUCUUUGGUGACGUCGCAUAUACCGGCUGUUUGACUCGGAAACAGCGAGUACACAAAAUGACCGACAGUGACCUCAAAUAAGAUGUUGGAGGGCCGUCCUUUGUCUUCAUCUCUUCACUGAACAUAAGCAUUAAUGUAAAAAUCUCAAAUAACGAUUGUCGAUUUCAGCGCGCCAUCGAAACGUCGAGCGGGAAACGGAUUCUUGGUUAUCUGUCUAUCUUCCGCGCAUUCACAUUUGCUUACGUUACGUGAAUGAUGGAAAAUGCUGAAACAUCAGAUGAAAACGGAACGAAGCGUUAUACGAACGGUUUAACCAACGGAUUUCACACACCAGCGGCCGAUAACGAGGAUUGUGUUUCUUGCGGGUCUAACAUUGGUGGUCUCGGCGGUAGUGACAGUAGCGGUAGCCAUAAUGGUAUUGAAAAUUUCCACCAUCUUCAUCACCAGGAUUCACACAACAAUGGCUCUACUGCCAAGCGCUGCAGACUCAGAAGACGCGUGGACUCAGGGAGAAAAAACCGACCGCCCUUUCCGUGGUUUGGUAUGGAUAUUGGAGGAACCCUGGUAAAGCUGGUUUACUUUGAACCCAAGGACAUCACAGCCGAAGAAGAACAGGAGGAAGUCGAGAGCCUGAAGAGCAUCCGCCGCUACCUGACCUCCAAUGUCGCCUAUGGCAAUACGGGUAUCCGUGAUGUACACCUGGAGCUGAAGAACCUCACCAUGUGCGGUCGCAAAGGCAACCUGCACUUCAUCCGCUUUCCAACGCAAGAUAUGCACCGCUUCAUCCAGAUGGGCAGAGACAAGAACUUCUCCAGCCUGCACACCACACUGUGCGCAACGGGUGGGGGCGCAUACAAGUUCGAGGAAGACUUUAGAACGGUGGCCGCCUUGGAGCUACAGAAGCUGGAUGAACUGGACUGUCUCAUUCACGGCUUGCUGUACGUUGACUCGGUUGGGUUUAACGGCCUAUCAGAGUGUUAUUUUUUCAAAAAUCCCUCUGACCCUGAAAACUGUGUCAAAAGUCCAUGUAGCCUGGAAAACCCUUUUCCUAUGUUGCUGGUAAACAUUGGAUCGGGGGUGAGCAUCCUUGCUGUCUAUUCCAAGGAUGAUUACAAGCGGGUCACAGGCACCAGUUUAGGAGGUGGUACUUUUCUCGGCCUUUGCUGCUUACUGACUGGCUGCGAGACGUUUGAGGAGGCUUUGGAGAUGGCAACUAAAGGAGACAGCACAAAUGUGGACAAACUGGUGAAGGACAUUUAUGGGGGCGAUUACGAACGCUUUGGACUCCAGGGCUCUGCCGUUGCAUCCAGUUUCUGUCAUAUGAUGAGCAAGGAGAAACGUGACAGUAUAAGUAAAGAAGACCUGGCCAGGGCCACUCUUGUCACCAUCACUAACAACAUCGGCUCCAUCGCGCGCAUGUGUGCAGUGAAUGAGAAAAUUGAUAGAGUGGUUUUUGUUGGGAAUUUUCUUCGAAUAAACACAGUAUCUACUAAGCUGCUAGCCUAUGCCAUGGACUUCUGGUCUGAUGGACAACUGAAAGCCCUUUUCUUAGAACAUGAAGGUUAUUUUGGAGCUGUUGGUGCCUUCCUAGAGCUGCUGAAGAUGACUGAAGACUCCUGAGACACUGGACAUCCCAACUGUCAAACCAGAAGCUGCUGUAAGAUUUCAGGAAAGCCUAUCCUCUAAUAAAAAAGCCAUGUAAUAAUGAUCGAAUUCCUCUUCAGAGCGUCAACACCGCUGCCCUUCUAUUACCAAGCCAUUUCUGAUGGAAAAAGGUGUCACGAGAACAGAGCAGUUUGUCUAACAGUGCAAUGAGCACCUCAAGCUAAAUGUGCCUCAUCACUGCUUAAAUUCAGCAUAGCAUCGUCUUUUCCGACGCUGAUGAUUUGAGAGCAAGAUGAUUAAGAAAAUGAAAUGUAAUGUUCCUAUCCUCCCUCCACUCUUUAUUUGUUAGCGUUAUGCAAGUAAUUGUAACAAAUGAAACAGAUUUGAAGGUGUGUUGAUGUCUAUUUGCGGUACAGUCUGCAGUUAAAAAUGAAAGUGUACAUAUUCCUUCAAUCUUCUCUAAAUCGGUUAAAUUUGUUAUUGAGGGGUCCUCAAUUUAUUUUAACUGUUAAUUUUGUGUCAUCAGAUUUAUUUAAAAAUAACUACAUAGGAUAAGUAAUUUACAAAGAGCUUUCUGCGCUCUAGUUGAGUAUUACUGACCGUAUGUUCAUAAUUCUGUACUAAUCAGCCUUUUCCAAAUGCCAAUUGAAUUUCAGUAGAUUUAACAUUAUCAAAGAUGUCAAUAUUAUUUUAAACAAACAUAUGAAAGAAAUGGACCUAUUUUAUUUUUGUUGGGCAUUUUAGGAUUGUUUGAUUGUUCAGGACUCAAGUAGUUCCCAAGAUGAUUUUACCUGGUCUGAACUGACACUAACGGUGCUUGGACCAAAUGGUUAGUGUUGACUGGAAAACAGUAUGAUCCACAGAUCUUCGCUCACUACAUAAGGAUUUUAUCUGUGAAAUGAAAAGAUAAACAUUUAGAUUUGGUGAAUGGGGUUAUAAUGCCUAAUGCUGAGAUUUCUCUGAUCUGAAUGUGUUAUUGAUUUUUCUUACUUUUUGUAUAUACACUGUAGUAUUUUUUUUUUUUUUUUACAUUUGCACAAACCAUUAUUGAGUCACUUAUCAUAUACAUGUCAUUGUGCAGUAGCGUCUUAAUUUUCAUUUGGGCCUGCUAACUUUAAUUCCUUGUCAAAAGUCUAGUAAGACUUGUCAUUGCCUUCAUCCUUUGAACAUUUUCAGCUUAACGGCAUCAUCUGUGAAAAUAUUUUGCCUUAGCAAGUUUUGUCACAUUUUCAGCAUUUUUUAAUACUUUCUUAUCAGUAGUCGGACGCUGGGAGGUUUCGAUGUUUCACAGUAGGGCUGGGCGAUAUGACCCAAAAAAUUAUCGAGAAAAUGUUUUCCAUAUCAGUCGAUAUCGAUAAUUAUCAUGAUAAAUAACAAAUCUUUACUCCUGUCAAAUUUAAAGGCAGAUUUUUGCUCCUGAAUGAAAAUUGUAAAAACCAGACAGUUAAUAAUGGUUUUGAACUACUUUUUAUUCAGAACAUGACAAAUACAAAUACUAAAAUCUUGUUUUAAUGCAUCUGUAUUAAAUGUAAAUCUAUUUGUUAUGAAAUCAACACAUUUCUGACACAAAAGCAGCAGACUACUGUCACUUUAAGACCCAAGACAGACUGCUUUAAGUUUCAAUAUACUGAGUAACAGCUGUUUAUGUUCACUUAAACAAAAAAGAAAACUUAGUUCAGUGAUCAUGCGUGUGUUAUACAUAUACGAGCUAUACACGCUGAUAAAUGGAUGUCAAGAGUGUCACGUUGCUGUGGGAGCGCACAUACGCAAACACUAUAUUCACUGCAGUGUUGGAUCUGCUGCUUUUCCUCAGUUUCCUGAAUUUGUGAAUGUCCUGUAAAUAUACUUUUAAAGCUGUGCGGAUGUGUGCGUGCGCAAGGCGGACGCUGAAUGAAAGUACAGUAUACUGCACCUAUUGUGUCUGCUGUGUUUGACGAACCCUGUUUGCGCGUCCAGCAUUACACACAAGAAAAUGUUUCCGCGCAUUUGGAUUCCGUGAUUCCGUCAGCGUCAUCCGCAUGGCGAAAAUCAUAGGUCUCUACUAAUAAAUUAAUAACUUGCCUCAUCUUCCACUCCUUCAAGUCUAACUGACACUGUGAUUGUAAACCAAGAGCGCGUGCCGCAUCCGGAAGUGCUCGCGCAACAUUACGCACAGUGCGUAAACAUUAUCGAUCACUUAUCGAACUGUCCUUAUCGUUUUAUCGAAAAAGUUUAUAUCGGUAAAAUUAUCGUUAUCGAAUUAUCGCCCAGCAAUAUUUCACAGUGACAUUAAGUUAGGUUGGGUAUGACUGUAAAAGCUCCAAAUUGUUGUUCAGAACUAGUUAACAUCAUCUAAAGCUUGAAUCUUAAAUUCCCCCAAAAAGUAAUUAUGUUGAUUUAUUAUAAUCUGUUUAAAUAUCUAAAAUCCGAAAACAAAAGCACUUCCAAGUAAAACCUGUGUUGACCCCUCUGUCGACAUUGGUUUCUGUUGUCACUGGUUGUAAACAAUUGUGCACACAGCAAUUACAUAUCCUCAUUUCAGUCUUAUAUUUUUUUAACUUAACCAAGUAUAUCCAGCUUGCAGUGGUUUACAGUCUUAGGGGCAGUUUCCCGGACAGGGUUUAGAUUAAUCCAGGACUAAGCCUUAGUUAUAUUAGGUCAUUUAAGUAGUUUUUACAAACAAACCUUACAAAAAACAAUACUGGUGUACAUCUUUAGACAAAACAAUGGCACUGAUAUAUGUUAAGAUACGUCAGUGCAAGAUAUUUUUAAAUGAACAUGCAUUUUAGUCUGGGAAUAGGAAAACUGCCCCCUAAUCCAUUGCACAAGUUUUUCUUUGAAUCAUUGCGAAGGCAAGCAAGACCAAAACUUUAAAGAGGAAAUAAUAUUUCCACGAUGAAUAAAAUCAGAAUGCCAUUUUCAUUGGAUAAUUUAUUUUUUGUAUUAGCAUCAGCGUAAGCAUGUAUAUAUCAGCUACUGUAGCUCAACAGCUUAGACCUGUGCUGACUUAAUGUCUUCUAGCUGCUCUUAACAUCUGUAACAGUGAAUUAAACGCUCUGCCUUUAUUCAACUCGAUGCCAAUUGGAAUUUGCAUACGCAAACCGUACAAGCACUUGCUUUUCAUGUCUCCCCCAUUUUUCUCUUAAUACAUGUUGUAUGUCUUCUGCUCAGUCCUUAGUCCUUAUAAUUGCCUUAUGCAAUGGGGUGCCAUUUUGACUUUGGAUGUCUGGGUUAUGCACAAUGGCACCCCAACGUCUCUCUGAGCCACUAAAGUAACUUCCAUGUGUUACGGGGUGCCUUUAACUGAUGGAAACAAGGCUUUAUCUCUGUAUCCUCUCCUCUGUAGUUCCUAAUGCUAAAUCCAGAUGUCUCUGUAUACAUUCAUUUUGAGGGUUGUUUUUUAUAUUGGAAAAUGCCCCAGUAGACAGAAUGCAUGUGCUGGUACGUUGUAUUUUAACUGAGCCAAUGCAAAGCAUGUAAGCGACUUUUAUGUGUCAUUCCCCUGGUUUGAGAAACUUCAUCUAAAUGCCUUUGAGGUUUAUGUAAACCAGCUCAAUGUUCGGCUCAAAUGUUGUCAGUGCAUGUUCAGUCCUCACGUGAAUUAAAUUGUAAUGAACUUAAUCUCAUUGUUUAUACAAGGAGCGCAUUCUGUACAUUUUUGACAACCCUUUUUUCAGGAAGCAUGUUGUAAUUUGUAAAUGCUAAACUGUCAUUUCAGCUAAACUAUCAGCUUUUUCCAGAGCUCAAUUUAACUUUAUUAGUAACUUUAGAUGUGAUGAGCUAAUGAUCCAAUGACCUCAGUCUUUUGACAGAUUUGUCAGAUAUGUUGUGAUCUAAAUGAGUGUUUAAUUCAAAUGUUAUUUAACGUCUCUAUUUUCAGUGUUCAAGCAAACGUAGAAUCCUCAAACAGUAUCAGCACACAAUUGUAAGUGUGUUUUUAUUGAUACAACAUUUGACGUUAAUGUACAAAUUUAUUUAUGCCUCCUAAGGGACAAACCGUUUGCAUUACUGGCUCUGAAAUCCAUGUCACAUAGAGAUUUUCUAUCAGUUUUCAUGUAUAACACAAACAGCUAAUUUCAUUUGUCAAUAAAACUAUUUUGUAAAUAUCUAAUAAAUGUGUUAAUUAUGAAAAAUGGUUUAUUGUUGAAUUCCUCUACACUGAAGCUAAAAUUGCUUUUAUACACAGAGCUUAUUUUUUAAUCCAUGUGGAAAAUGAAUGGGCUUUUGCAAGGUAACCAGAAUCCUGGUAAUCCUGAGUUAGCCUACAAAAAAGUCAUUCCUGCAGCACUCUAUGGCUGCAAGCGAAACCUUAGGCAGCUGACCUGUUGCCUCAUGAGGCAAUGACUUU